UGAUGCUAGCCGUGUGCUCCGUUUGGCGGCUUGUUUUUCGCUCGCCUGAGUUUGCUCCCGAAUUUGGGCCUAGCUAUCCGUCUUGUGGUUCCACGCGGCGAAUUUUCCCCACGACUUCACGAGACAGCCUCCACGUGACACUCCGUGUCUGUCUUGUCCGCACUGCUGCUACUGUUGUGCUGGAGUCGCCACGGUCAAAAGUAAGUCUUGCUAUUGCGAUUACGAAUAUUAUAAUGAAA